AUGGCCGAGCAGCAGCACCUCCGCUCCCAGGACUCCAAGUUCGACGUCAGCAAGAAGGACGUCACCACUGUGAGCAGCAACAAGGAGGACAAGCCCGAGACCAGUGAAGAUUACGAUGACCUGCGUCUAUCCACUUCGUCGAUUAUCGAGCUCGACCGGAAGGAUCUCUUGAUCGUCAAGGACGGCACGGUCCGCUUGGCCGAGUCACUCGACCGCGAGCAGCAGCAGCUCGGCGCCAACGGAGAAGUCGUCAAGGCCUCGGGCACCUGGACCAAGGCCGAGCACGAGCGCUUCCUGCGCGCGAUGGAGACGUUCCCCAAGGGCCCCUGGAAGGCCAUCGCCGAGAUGGUCGCCACCCGCACGGUUCGUCAAACGCAGACGCACGCCCAGAAGUACCGCGAGAAGCUCGCGCGCCGCAUGCGCGGUCUCCGCAACCGCAACGGCACGCUGCAGACCCCGCCGAUGGCAAUGGUGCAGGGGAUGGUCGGGUACCCGCAGCACGCCGUCUCCCCUUACGGCAACAUGCAAACGCGCGUGUACCAGCACCCGUCUACCAUGGGCUACACGUCGAUGCCUGCCCACGUGAUGACCCCGGCUAUGACCUCCAUGGCCGCUCCGCCUAUCCUCCUGGCUCGCGCCACCUCGCUGCCAGCGAUGCCGAGCUCGUCGUUCCACCACCACCACACGUCGUACGUGUCGGCCGCUAUGCCGCCGACGCUGGUGUCCACUGUCAGCUCGGACUUCAGCCAGCUGAGCACGUCCACGAUCUCGAGCGCCUUCAUCGGCAACCCGACCUACCCGUCGUCGUGGGAAGCGAACGCGGCCGCGGUCGAGAUCAAGCCGACGGUGCCGGACUUUGACGAGUCUAUGGACUUCCUCAUGGACGUGUACUCGUCCAACCCGAGCCAGAUCAGCACCUCGGUGCCCGCUGUGUCGUCCACGAUGACGGUCACGCGCACGGCCUGCAUUGCUCGCACGCCGCAGACGCCGACCCCGUCGCUGGCCACCAAGGCUCUCAAGCGCCACCCCGGCUACGACGUCAAGCUCUUCGACACCAGCAGCGUCAACUGA